AUGCUGUCUACGUCAUUGGACAAUCUUGAAUAUGGGAAUAAACAUACAGAGAUCCAAGUGACAAGUCAGGAUUGCAAAAUUGUUGCAGUUUUGCUGACUAUGCUGGCAUAUGCAUCUCUGAUGACCGAGCCAUACACAUCUGAAGACUCUACACCAGGCUCUCAAACCUACUGCAAAGGUUUGAGUUUAAUGGAGACCUUCGCAAAGCUGCAUGAUAAUGACAUGGAAACCAUGAUCUACCAUACAUUGUCCGCAGCUUUCUUCCUCGCAGCCGAGAAGCUACAAAUGGCGCUGCAAAGUGCCUCGCAAGGAUUCUAUAUCGCACGUUGUACUCAGCUCAAUAACCAGAAACAUUGGCCUGAGAAUGUACGAGAUGAGAUGAUCUGCCGGCAGUCCUUGUGGUGGACGCUAUAUUUCCUUGAUAAGAGAAUUACGCAAAAGAUUGGAAUCACAUACUCCGUUCGAGAAAACGAGUGUGGUGUAAGGGACUCUUUUGAUGCAGAAAGCGACCGUGGCUUGCAGGAUCAUCAUCAGUUACUCCUUAGCAUGAUUGCGUUUAGUCAGCUCUGGUCAUAUAUCUGGGACUGCUUCUUCUCUCCACGGGCUUCUCAGAAACAGGAUGACUGGGAAGACCUUGAAUUGACAGAUACCCGAAUUCUAUUGGCUUAUCGCCGACUGCCUUCAAGAAUCCAUUGGAGCUCAGAGAAAAUUUUUGAUUAUAUGACGGAGGAGACGGAGAGGCAUGUUCGCCGCCGACUUCUUGUUUUCCUGAGAUUUUCUUUCCUUCGUCUGAGCAUUAGACAUCAUACAUUGAUAUCCGAUAUUAAUGACUGCCAGCGCCGUGAAUCAUGUAUCUCCAUUUGUAAGGGGAUUAUUGAUGGAGUGCAAGCUUACACUGAUACAUUCGGAUGUCCUAAGCCAAGCGGUUAUUUUAUAACAUCUGCUUUGGUUGAGAGCUUAUACUGGAUUGAGCUCGAGCGUCGGCAAGACAAUCUAGUACUCCCAGACAUUCUUCUUGAAGAUUUCAAGAUCCUUGCCACGAAGCUCCUUCGGGAUUUGUCAUUCGAAAGUGGAGCAGCUGCAAGAGCAUAUGAAGCCCUGAGCGAUGUUCUUUCCGCUGAAAGUUUGGAAAAUUUCCACACAGGAAACUUUGAUGGACUUUUAGAAUCUUCAGGGAAUAUAUUCGACCUGGGUGAUAUGUGGAAUCAUAAGGAUCCUUUGUCAUUGGACUUGGGUGCGAUGACAACAGACCCUAAGAACUUUGGUGGUCAGCACUUUAAAAGUCCUCUGAGCCCUUCUACAUGCAAACCUGUGGAGACAUAUGGGACCAAUUUUAAUGAAUGUUCUGAGGACUUUGAUUGGUAUUCUCUGAUGCAGUCAUUACCUUCAGGUGAGUCUGACCCGCUCGAUCUUUUCUAG